AUGGGUGCGUCGCAAUCGCUGGAUGCGGUUUUCGGGUCUCCACACAUCCCCAGUAGCUCGGAGCAGGCAGAUGUGUACCAGUAUCUACGUCGCGUCGAAAAAACACUGUGGGUCACGGGUCCCUUUUGGAGCGAAAGCGACGUCGAGUCUGUAGAAUCGAGAACCUCAAGCCCCACCAACCUUGAGGCAACACAUCGAGACCCCUUUAAGAAAAUGACUCCAAGCGAAGCUCUUUGCGCCAUUUCAACGAUGCUGGACGAGACGUGGGUUUCCCCACUAGUCGCGCUGGUGGAUUGUGUGGAUCCAAUUGCAAGGAGUGCGGGGCUUGCAUUACUAUCGAGGAUUGUUCAGCGAGCGUCGGUGGCCAAGAUCUUUCUCGCUGUAAAGGGAAUGGACAAGGUCAUGGCUCUGCUCGACAGUCAAGAUCAGCAAGCGACGCAUCUGGCACUCGAAGUCAUUUUUGCUCUCUGUGCCGGCAGCUCAAACGUGAUUCGACCACUCUGUGAGGCUGGGCUCAUCGGACGUCUAACAGAACUGAUUAAACGAGAUAAUGAGGAGCUCGUAUUGGCUUCGCUCAAGGCUCUACGACUAACGCUGCGACAGAAUGCUGUGAAAGCCGAGCUAUCGACUUAUAAGACACUUGGGGUGCUGAUGGAUUUAGUACACUCGCCACACCCUGCAAUAGCCAGGACUGCCGUCGCCUCCAUUGGACUUUCCCUUCCAAACACCGAGAACUUAGUGGAGCUGUUGCGACUUGGUUGUAUCGACACUUUCCUGCGUCUUAUGUCGCCUACAAACCCGAAUGUCGACGUUGUCAUCUUCGCAUUAUCCCUCAUCGCUGACGAGACCGACACGAUUUUUCCACGAGAGCAAACCACAGCGGCACUAGGACGUAUGCUCGAGACGCUUCGAGGUGCAGCAAAGAGAUCUCCCGCCGCGAGUGCAACGAGUUUCCUGUUCGCGAGUCUAGCCAAGUCCAGUAUUUUUCACUCCUCGAUCUGUUCCGAGACCAAUUUGGGUAUCCUCGCGAAGCUGCUGGUCGGUGGCUCGCCUGAAGUCCUUGUAUCCACUGCAUACGCGCUGGGUAUCGUCGCUCUCCACGCGAAUGAUCGCGUACGACAGACACUGUUUCAAGUUGAUGCUCCACAGAAUCUCGUGCAGUUGGUGACUCUAUCAGGUCCUGGACGUGACGAGAAAGUGGCAAGACUCGCGAUAUUUGCACUAGCAACAGUCACAAAUGAGGCGUUGGUUUCUCGCACAGGCCCAUUAGUGCGUCCGGAACUCUCGUCGUCGUCGGGAGCAUUACACCCACUGCGUGUCAGCACUAUUGCAAGCUGCGAAGGCAUGCAGGGGAAUGACGUUUUGACGCUUGUGUAUGCUCGUGCGAUUGAGAGACUCGGCAUUGGGUCGACCUACGCGCUGAAGUUGCUGGCAGCUCUCAGUACAGCGUCUCACGUCAAAAAAUACUUGUGCGAAGCAGAAAGCGUGGUCAGAAUGCUGGAAUACCUUCGAGGUGCAAGCGCUGACUUCCUCCCCAGUUUAUUGGUUCUCUUUCUCGAAUGCUGCAGCAACGGCGAUGACUGCAGUUUAUCUUUCUGUAAGUUAUUGGAGACUACGCCUGAUGCACUGCAGAUACUCGGCGCGCUCUUCCAGAAGCAUCAACCAGAGCAUCUGUUCGGCUUGACCCCCUUACUCGGCGCUCUUGCGGGACAUUCAGCACUGAUCAAUGAACACAUCAGCUCGUCAACCUUUUUUGUAGACCAGGCGUUGAAUGUUGCUUCACGAGUGGAUCAUGAAGCCCUUCACGAACAAGUUUUAGGCUUCCUGGAAGGCCUCACUGCUCAUAAAAACACACGGGCGCUGGAGCAGAUUUUCGCCAGUGAUCCCGAUCGCAUCGCCAAUUUACUGCAAGCAUCACUCAACACACGAGCUCAGUUGUUGGGGGCUACACUGCUGCGACGGCUAUUCAAGCGACUUAACUCGAUUGAUAUUCCCUCCACCGUAACGCAGCGUCAUUUGGCGAAACUGUUAGCAACUUCCAGUGUGGAUAUCGCAGUGGCUGUUGCUGCGUGUCGAGUGUGGGGAAACCUUUUCCAGUACGAAGACAAAUGUGUCGCUUUCGCUCAGAUCCCAGAUUCAGUGUCGGGUCUUCUCCAAUUGUUACAGCGAUGCAUCGGUAACCAACCAGCGUUUGAUCCAGCGACGAUUCAAGUCUCCAGUGACUUGGAAGCUGAAGAAAAGAAGGUCGUCCUAUCAGGUCUAAAGCCUCUGUACUGGGUAAUUCGAAGUGUAUUCCGGACAGCGUGCUGCGAGACGACCAAGCAAGCUCUCAUUGUGGCGCCCCAUUUCCUAUGUAUUAUGGAUUUAUUCCCUCAUUUCUGCGAUCCCAUCGCUCGACUUGCAAUCGACACAAUGAGUGAGCUAGCAAGAUCGAAGACUCCAGGUUUACGUCGCACUUUAGCUGUGCCAGUUGUGCUGAACGCCAUUCAGCAGCUUCUUCUUGAUCGUGAACGUGCAUCUACUGGCCGUGGUGUGCUCCCACAACGUCACGUGCUUCGCUUUCUCGGACUGUUGGCUCGAAGAGAUGCAACGAUCCAGCACCUCGUUGUGGAGCGUAGACUACUAGAGGCUUUGCUACUUCUGCUGCACUCUCCAUCCACCGCUCUAAACUCUGAGCUCCUUGCUGAGACUCUGGAUGCUCUAGCUUGGGUCUGCAGUGCUGCUAGGUCCCCUGCACAUGUCGAAGCGCAAGCUGAGAUUGACGACGAAGCAGAAGUCGAGACGCUACAAGCAGAAGUACCCGCUAGAAGAGUCGUGGCUACGUCCAAGAUGGUGGACUUUACACUGCGCCAUGUCGACUCAGCUCUUGCCCCUGUGGCUCAUGCCAGUCUUCAUCUACUCCAACGACUUGCGUGUGAACAGCCCGGAGUUCCUCGGUUUGUAUACGACGCUAAUGGAGCUUCAGUAGUGAUGCGAGCACUGCAACAACGUCCUGAAUACGCUGUACGACGUCGAGCGUGUGGACUUGUGCGUCACCUGGUUCAUCGACACGACGGGAAUCGUCAACAUUUCGAGGAAUUAGGCGCAACGAGCUUCCUGGUAGAACUCAUCAAAGGACUUCAGGCGCUUGCGGCGUUGUGUGAAGGCUCAAGUCCUGCAGCUAGGGCGUCAAAGAAAGAAUUACUCGAAUGUGAUCAAUCCGCAGCGCUUGUACGAAUUGUGAGCGCUGACGACGAUGAACGGCUUUGUGCGGCGUGGACGCGUGCACUAGCCAUGGGGACAUUUGCAAGUAGCAACAACCAACGCCGUCUGGUAUCAGCUGGACUUGUCCCUCUACUUACCAAGUUGUUGCGUCAUCCCAGUGGCUUUGUGCGCGUUCCAACAGCUCAACUCCUUGCCUACUUGGCUGAAGCUCAAGAGAACCGUGGAGUUAUUCUGAACGAAGGUGGAGAAGUUCUACUAUCAGGGAUCAUUGCAAGUUUACAGUCUGAACUUCCUGGAUUACAGCGCUACGCAGCUCUCUUGGUAGCCAAUCUAGCCACUCGACAUGAAGCGAAUAAAGUGCGAUUGGGAGCUGCGGGUGCUGCGUCUCCGCUGGUAGAUCGACUAUCUUCCCAACGGAGAAAUGUUCUGGAGAAUGUCUUGCUAGCUGUCGUGAAGCUUGGAUCUCACGCUGGAAACAAAGUCAAGCUAGGAGGAAAAGUGUGUUUCGAGAAAUUAUUAUCUCUCGUCCAUCACGAAGUCCUCGAAGUGGCUAAAGGUGCGGCCAGAGCUCUCGCAGUGAUUGUGGUGGGCAACGACGCCAACAAGAAGUUCCUUCUUCAGUGUGAAGCUCCUGUCGUCGCAGAGUUAAGUGCGUUGCUCAAAGGCUCGAAUGGUUCUAUCGUGGAGAGUACCAUGCUUGUACUGGGAGAGCUGGCUCCGAUGCCAGCACAAGCACUCGAAUUAUCACGCUGCAUUGAUGUACUGGCAGUAGUCAAGUUGGUUUCCCACAUCAAUCCACGUAUCGCACGUGCAGCGUUGCUCGUCGUCCGGCAUCUCACUCGUGAGUCCUUCAACAAGACUCGCUUCGGAUUUCGUGAGUGCGUAGAGGCUCUUUUAGCUCGGUUGAGACUUGGUCUGAGUGGCGCGAGUGGUGCUGAUGAGCUGGAGAUGGUGGAGCUGACGGUCACUUGUCUUGCCAACUUGUCUUUCGCCCCCAGAAAUGCCUCACGUAUCGCUGAACGAGGCGACUCGUUAUUGCUUCUGCUACAGCUUACGACGUCCGCUUUACCUGCUGCAGUGAAGGAUUAUCUGUCGGAGAGAGAAGUAUCUCGUCUAGUGUCUCAAAACGACGAAGAAAUGUACCAGAGUAUGGCCAGAGAUUCCUUCAAGAAGGGAGUUAUCAAGAGUGAUGAACCUCGUCGAGCUGAGCUUGGGUCUCGCGCUGCAAUGCUGGACUUCAUUGCCUUUCCAAGUCUACAGACAGCUGUGCUGGAGCAAACGUUGCUGCUUCUAAGCAACUGCGCCGAACAAUAUCGCACGCUUGAGGUUGUUGAUACCCUCUCUGUGGCUGUGUUAUGCCAGGCUCUACAACAUUCCAGCGAACUCGUCGCGAGAUGUGGAUGCUACACUUUGGCCUGUUGGCUAAAGCAGAAUACUACGCUUCAAGACGCAGCUACCAAACGUGGGGCGCUGCAGACACUGUCCAAGCUGCUGACCUCUACUAGCCUUGUGGUCGUGGAAGCUGCUGCCUACGUGUUGUCCAAACUCGCAGCGCGUGGUGAUAAUCCGAUGAAGCUGGUAGCACUUGACGUUCCAGCCACACUAGUGCACGGCAUUCUGAGGAAACCGGCUAACGUGCCGCACGAUCGCGUACUUGACCGUGCUGUAAGACUGCUAGGUACAUUGGUACAAUUCUCACGCGUUCGGCAGGGACUUAAAGGUGAAGAGAUCAUUGCGGAUGUACUCACGCCUUUGCUACAGCUACACACUCAGACGCUGGGCAAGAACAUCAGCCGUCUAGUACUAGCGCUGCUAGCGGACGAUUCGCUCAAGUUCUUCUUGCCGAAAAAGACGGUGUCAUUGCUACGAGUCUGCUUCGUUCAUCAAGGUACAAGCGCGAAGACGAUUCGUAACGUGCUUCGUGUGUUCGCACUGCUCGUUACAGUGGAAGAGCACAAGACGACGAUCACUCUAGAAGACAGCGGUGAAGCACUUGGACGUAUUGUACAAGAACUGAGGGGCAACGAAGGAGUCCUGGGUGAGAACGACGAGACUGUUCUAGGCCUUCUUGCGUGCAUCGCAGGGACAAGGAAAAUCGCUGUACUUCUCCAUGAAAAUGACGUCUACGUGAGGUUACCGCCGUAUAUUUUAACGCUGCAAACUCGCCGUCUUCAUUCGGUUCAAACUGCUGCUCGGCUUUGUAAGUCACUGGGUGACCAGGCUGUGCGUCGACUAUCCGAGCUGGAAUUCACGAGUUUGUUGUUAGAUUUGCUGCCGUUGUACUUUACAGCUAGCCCUACGAGGCUUUCGCAGUUGGUGUGGGAGUGUCUUGACGUCUUGCGGCAAUUGUGCUCGCUUCCUUACGACGAGCAAGUCAUCGUGGAGGAAGGUGGUGUUGAAGUUAUAGUCGCGUACUUCGAGCUGUGGUUGUCCGUGACUUUGGGUGUUGCACCCGAUUUGCUCCCGUCAGAAGGCGAAUCUCUCAUACUGGCGCUGACAGUGUCGCUCUCUGCGAUCAUCCGUACGCUUUCAGCACAAACUCCCUACCGUGAACUGCUGGUACAUGCUGGAGGAUUCCCUCUCGUCUUGAAGGCACUUGCUCUUGGCACACCAGAGCUACCAAAUCCACAACGUGAGCAGCUUGCAGAAGCACUUGCUGGGUUAAGUUCCUUGCCGAUCAUGGUGCCGUACCUCGAGGCUUCUCCUGAUCUAGUGGCUCCAAUGUUCCGCUUCAUGGUGGCGCCUCAUACGCAACAACUGACGCACUUGCUUCUACUAUCGCUGCGCGCAUUUGCCGACGUCAUGGAAGUGUCGCCGGCGAGUCGUUCGUAUGUAUUGGAGAUCACAGGCGGUACCGUCCAGCCGCUUCCUUUCUUGCUGUCAUGUCUACAAAGCUCAAGUAUUUCUGCUACGGAUGACAGUAUCGUGAGGCUGCUCCACACUAUGCGGUCGAUUCAGCGUUUGGUUAUGGACGAAGCCACAGCUCGAAUCUUGGCAUCUCUUGAUGAUCUUCCAUCUAUUGGGAGAUUGCUAUCUCAAGUGCUACCUCUUCCAAGCUACGACGACCGACUGGAGAUUGUACAGCUCAUGGCUACCGAGACUUUGGGCUAUUUGGCCUUCUUUGGUCACGCCCCACAACUUCGUCUUGAACGUUCGGCAAUUGCACGGUUGCUGGCUCAAGCGGACUACACUAAAGAUGAAAGCGUGAAGCCUGAAAACGUCGCAACGACUAUCUGGACUUUGACGCUUCUAGCAACACCACAAGUGUCCAGCUCAAAUGAACCUGAAAAAAUGGAAACUACCGCGAGCUGUGUGCGUAGCUGGAUAUGGGAAGAGCCUCGUGGGCUCGACGUCCUAAUUAGCUGUGGUCUGCGUGCUCCUGACUGUUUGAAUCUACCCAGAUCCGUCGUCUCGCAUGUGUUGAGUGUGCUCAGAACUGCGACGGAGAAGGAGCCGGAAGCUGAGACCGUGCUCGCUCUACUUGUUCACAAGCAAGUAUGUACACCGGUUGCUGCUCUACUUGAAGCGGUAGAGCCAAACGUUCGCCGCCCAGCAUUGCAACUUCUCGCGCGUAUACUUAACAAACAAGUAUGGGCAUCGAACGAGCCUGACGAACGCUGGAGUGCCGUCCUACUGCAUCUGGCCGAAUGGCUGCACAUUUACGCUCAGGAUCCUCAAUCUAUACCGCUAAGUGAGCUGCGAGAUGCCUUCAGCUGUCUGAGCGUAUUGACAUCGCACAACGAGAUUGCAGCUCAAUUCCAGAAAGGAGAAGCUCCUAGGGGUCUCAUUAACUUAGUAGCGACUUCACUGCAUCAUUUCGGCGGUAAACGCCUGCCCAGCCGACCUGAAAGUCUUGUGCUCAUUCGACGAGAGUCGACUUACAGCGAAGAAUCAAGUCCAGAAGCUACUGACACAGCAGAGCGAACUCGGUUGAACUGGUCGCUGCAGUUUGCGACCGUGCUGCAUGUACUGCGAGUGUGUCGCCGUCUCAUAUCGUUCUCAACUAAACUGAGUGAAGAUGCUCUCGAGCUGCACGUACCUCGUGCACUUGAUAGUCUUGUACUGCUUCAUGAUCGCCAGAUAUUGGAUGAAGCUCUGCGCUGUAUGCUUCAUCUCGCAACGCUACAUGGUGAGGAGACGGAGCUGUUGUUCUCUUCCGACCGCACUGUAGCUCGACUGAAAGGCUUGCUUCAGAGCGAGUCCAGACCAUUACAAGCUCGCAUCACACCCAUCUUGUCUCUCAUGGCAGCAAACAUGCCCACGUUGCCAGGAUUGUGCAGCAUGGACGGCGUCCUCAUCUUGUCUGACCUCGCUGUCAGUAGCUCGGCAGGUGGGAUCCUAACAACGACUGGAGCCAACACAGCUCCCACUUUCGAUCGUCGUGUCUUCGAAGACUCGUGUACAAUGUUACACAUGGUUUUCUCUCAAGUAGAAGGCAUCGUCCUCGCGUUUGAUGUGGCUCAAGUGGUGCCGAAACUCUUCGGUAUCGUGGAGACAAUGACUGCUACUGGCAUCGCAUCGAGAGAUGACACUGCAGAGGUACCAGAGCUGCUUCAUUUGCUAUUAAGUGUACUCGUCAAAGUCUCAGCAGUCCCUGCUGUACACGUGCGUUUUCUGGAGUUACUGCCUCGAAUUUGCCGUCUUCUAGAUGGUGAAAGUGGCCCAGCAAAGCUCACCGGACGGUGGUGUGAGAUGCUGCUGUCGAUCCUGUUUAACGUGUUUGGCUGUCCUUUCGGAAGCAACUUCAAGACGCCAGUCGAGACCCUUGCACAAGGAAAAAACGCUCUUCUUCCUCAGCUUUUACCUCUGAAACGAUGGCUGUCUGCUGUCGAUUUCUUCCCUACGUUGGGUCGAUUGAUAAUCGAGCUGAUCCGUGCUUUCGUUGGCAAUGGAGAGCUCUCUUCUCCAUACGCAACGCUGUUUAACAGUGGAGAAGAUAUCCCAGCGCUGCUUAAGCUAGUUGGAUCAUCAAGUGAAGAGGUUGCAAUCCCGUCUGCACAAUUGUUGCUUGCAGUGCUAAAGCAGCGCGAUGUACGUGUUGCUUUGAUCGUGGCGGACGGUAUACCAGCUCUCGUAGCAGCGCUGUGUCAAGCGAGCAACAUCAAGGUGCAGAACUUGUUAUUGACUCUGGUCCUCGACUUAUCUCGAGGAGAUACAGAGGUGCAGGCACUGCUGUUGACCGAUCCACAUUGUGUGGCACGUCUCGUGGGAUUCGUACAAGAAUCGGUGGACAUUCACGCAGCAAACGACAACAAAGAGAUCAACCAAAGUCUCGAUGAACGACUCAAAUUGACGUGUACACUAUUGACCGAGUUAUCCCGUGCACUUUACGGACCAGAACGAAUCGUGGAAGUGAGUGGACAUUUACCGAUGCUCGCGUUGAGUAUCCAGCAGCAAGAGCGCGAUAUCUUAGGAGCCCGAAGGACAGUUGAAAUCCUCACGAACCUCGCUAUUGCUGGCUUGACCGUGGCUUCAGGCCUCGCUGCGUCCAAAUUACCAUCACACUUUCUGUCGUGUGUACUCGCGGAUGACCAAGAACCAUCAAAACUGAACGAGACACAUGCGUUACCAGGUAAACGACAACUGGCAUUGACCGGGUUGGUCGCUCUAGCGAAAGCAAACCGCGAACUACGAGCUACACUCGCUCAGAACAAACCUCUCGUCGUAUUACUCGAAAGUCUGCUACAGAAUUCAGACCAGAGUACGCCCAUUACAGUAUCUCGCGACGCACUGCAGCUUGUCUACUUGAUGAGUACUGCUGGCUGUGUCGGUUUGGUCAAUCACUCCUCAAGAGAUAUACUAUCUCGCAUAUGCGCUAUCAUUCUUCAAAGCUUGACUCUCCACAAAGAAGGCGACGACUUGCAGGAUGAGGAGUUCACUCCAGUGGAAGUGGCACGUGGGUUAACGUUACUCGCUAAUCUGUUAGAUGUGGCGCACGAACAGGAGGCCAAAGUCAAGUGGCAUCCACAGAAAUUGUUGGAUCUGGCAGCUCUACUUGAAGCCCGUGUGGCGGCACAUCAAACACCCAAGCGACAGCUUCCAGCCUUACGUGUUCUUCGUGGUGCAUUCUCACUAACAACGGCAGACACUAGCAAGAAAUUCUACUACCCGUUGACACCCAAACUACUCGCUGAACUGCUCACCGUUCUGCUCGUUAGUGCAUCACGUCAGCAUCGUGAAAUGGCCGAGCGCAUCGUGGUGUCAGCCUUCCAGAACGACCCCGAGCGCGCUCGUGAGUCCGUCGGCGACAACCAAAUUCUGGAACAACUUCUGAUUGUAUUCACGCAACCAGGUACCGAUGCGUCCGAGUUGGCUGUGGUCCUCACUCAAGUGCUAUACGUGUCCAUCUCUCGAGGAUUUGUCGUCAGUCAGCGAUUCCUUGCGAAGUUACCGGCGCUGCUGGCAUUGUACUGCGGUUCCUUCGAGAGCGACGAUGCUAAUCAACCGUUGAAGAUAGCGUUGAGUGUUUACCUCAGCUUCGUGCACUCGAGUUGUCCGCCAGAAUCAGCCAUGAGGUCGGGGAUAUCCGACAUGUUGCGCUCUGAGGGAGAUUCACGUCGAGCACUGACUGUUUUGCUUCACCAACUGCUGCUGGUUCAUCCCUCUGUGUGUUUAUCUGCUCACCCUUCCAAGGUAUCGUUAGAUCCAGAGGAUGCAAUGCUGUGGACUUGUAUCGUCGAAAGCGUGAGUCCAUUAACCCCAGCACUAGCUUCGACACUCUUGUCUCAAGCAUCAACUUCCACUUGGAUGUGCUUUCUUCGAGACUGGUUGCACAUGGUGGAAAAAACAGAGAAACCAGACGAAGAAUUGCUGAGGAAUUCGUGUCGAAUGUUUAAUUUAUGCUGCCAGUGUCUUGUAGUGUUGAGCUGCGGAGGAGAUAGUUUACCACCUCGUGUAAUUGAGGGAGCGUUGCAAGCAAUGCUGGAUGUCCGUGAAGCUUGGGGAGAUGCGCUCGUCCUUACUGGUUGCAGCACAUUCAAAGGCACAGCAGCGUUGCUACCCAAGCUUCUUCAUGUGUUCCAAGUACCCGAGCGUGAAGCCAAUCUAUCGCGCCAUUUGGUGCUCCAGCUCUUGCUGCUAUUAGCAAGUACAGGACACUUAAUCGAAGAGAUGAAAGCUGCUGGAACGCGCAGCGCGUUGGAGAACAAUCCGUUGAUUGCACCUGGUGACAAGGCGCUGCCGGUUGCACUUUUGGGAAUGCUUGGAUACAGUGCCGAUCUCAACGAAGAGUUUGCUAGAGCGCUACAACAAUUCGACGCUGCCAGGUCUGAAGAGGAGCGGCGAGAGCGUGUGGCGUAUCUGUUGCGUUUCCUCGAACGCUACGUGCUAACUCACGCGCCGACGAAAGAGCAAGCCAUCGAUUCCUUCACGAGUUACCUUGUGGCCGAUGCUGAAAAGGCUCAAAACGUUGCCAUGGCGACUGAACAUGAGCCAGAAGUGACGAAGGAUGAAUUCUCAUCAGCGAGUAAACUGGCAUCGAUCAUUGCAAGCGAUUGUGUGGCGUCUCUGGUCAAGAUCUCUGGCUGGAGUCCGCCUGAUCGAAGUAUAUCGUCGACUUUGAGCAGCUUUGGAGAAUUGUAUCUUGCUCGCUGGGAUCUCAACGCCCUGCUGGCGGUAGCUUUUGCACGACAACGUGGGGAUGAAGACAAUGACUUCCAGGAGAGACCUCGGCUGGAAAGUACUCAAAUAGCGCACGUUUUAGAGUUAGCUGGGCUUGUUAGGGCUCAGUUGGAGGAGAACGCUCGAACGGGAGGCAGCGGCGUUGUCGUCGUCGGUCAAAUUGACGCCCGAUGGCUCUGCAACGCCUUUAUGUUACAAGUGCUGGAGCUCGUGCAUUGGCUGGCAGUGAACAGCUCCACCUGUUUCGACGAUAUUUGUCGGAAUGCUGCCUUGCUUCAUGUCUUCUUCACGCCGUUAAUGCCGGUUUUCUGCGGAGAUGUCAACGGAGAAAAAGCGAUGGAGCUCUUCUUAAGUCUAGUGGAAAUGACGGUAAAUACGCCCACGCCUGGAGCUGAGACGACUGCGAGUAUUGAAGAGCUGCUGCUUGAGCUACUCAAGUUUCUGUACGCUCAAGUCGAAGACGGUUUACUCCAAAAUGUGCGUGCUCGCUUGCUGCUCUGUGUUCUCGUCAUCCUGCAACGUACUGGAGACGCUGGACGAGCUGCUUGCGUGGCCUACGAACGCGCAAUACAGCAGAUUCUGUGGCAUAUUCACGCAUCAUCGGCCUCUGAACUUCAAGCGCGAUGCAGCUGGGAACUUCUGAGCUCGCUCUCUGAAUUAGAUCCAGCUAUCACUUCGCUAUUUAAUCUCGACGCUAUCCCCGUCCUGCUUCGCGAAUGUGGCUGCGAUUUAAGUAAACAGGAGACUCGGCCGUCUUCAGGGAGUUGGAGACAUUCGAAGCGUGCAGUGGCUUUCAGACAAGCUGAAGCUCUCAAGUGUUUAGCACGUGCAGCAAACACGCACGACGAAGUGUUGUUGAAGAUUGGAGAAGCUCCUGGGAUCGCCGCUACUUUACCGGUGGACAGCGCGGGUGUCCAAGCUCAUGCUGCGCUCUUGAUCGCACGAAUUGCAGCUCAGGAAGACCUGCGAGCCUCACUAGUAUCCCCAGAAAACAUUUCACUACUCAUCGAAUCCCUCGAGUCGGUGCAUUUACCUGUGGUAUUACACGCACUACAGGCUCUAGCUCACCUCUGCGCGUUCUCACUCUGUCUGGAUGCUCUUGUACGCAACGCUACGGUGCCAGUGCUGGCCCAGAUUCUCUUCUCGCCGCUAGUAGAGACGCCUCGUCGCUGUGAGAUUGAAGCGUGCGUGCUCGCUCUUCUCGGUAAAAUGUGCGACCGCAGCCAGAUUGUAAGUCGCCGAAUUGUGUCUUCGAAUCUGCUGCCAAAACUGUGUGAGCUCUUGGUCGUUGAGAAGCAGUUCGAAUACACCCAACGUGAGUUUGGCGUACACAAUAACGCUGUGUGGAUAGUCUACAGCUUGUCCAAAGACGCCGAACUUGUCCCCAAGCUGGUCGCACACAGCAUCCUUGAAACGCUGAGUGAUCAACUACUGGAGUACGAGCAGAGUUCUAGUCAACGCAAGGCACUAGGCGCGAUGAGUCGGCUUGCAAGUGUUGCUGAUAUGGAUUCAGCAUUUCUCCAGUCUUUGAUCCGCCAAAUUGUUGAGAGUGUCCGACGCAACGUCCCCGUACCAGACGCGCAUCGCUCUGUCACCAACGCGUUAGCAGUGUUUAAUGCCAUCCUAAAAGCUGGGAAGAAUCGUCACAGCCAACAACGUCACCGACGACCUCAGAGUGAAGGUGUGCGGGCCGCUCUCGACCUACUUGGCGCUGUAGACCCUCGAAUUAAACUGGAAGCCUUCCGUGUGGUGUCAGAGUUUGUUGAGGAUCAUCCCGAUCUUAACGAGGUACGCGAACUGCUUCUCGGGUCAGAAGGACACGACGGCUCUCACGCUCUAUUGAGUCUAGUACGAGCUCUAUCGGAUGAAGCGCGUUCGAUCACGACAGCAGGUCGUGGCAAGAAUGAUCUGCUUCUUGUGGUGAUGACCUUGUUAAACAUGCUGCUCGCUGACGAAGUACUCAAGAUGAAGCUCACUCCGACGACCUACGACGUUGUGCUUCAAGUUGUUGUAGCCAUCUCUGCAACGAGCAGCAACCUGCGCGUACUAAGUGAGUCGCUCAAGGCUUUAACGACCAUGACUCAAGCUGGACAAGUGGCUGAUCUCUGUCCCGAUGCAGCUCUGGUCAGUAGUAUCGAGUCCCUUGUAAAGCUUCUGCAAGGUUUGAGUGCAGCUGAGGGCGGAUCCACCACUUCUAUGCGGUUAAACGCAUUAUUCCUGCUGGUGAACUUCGCUUCAUCUGAUCAGUGUCGACUCCGCAUGGCUCGCUGUGGAGCCCUGGAAGCUCUUCUUGGCAUUAUCCAGUCUCCUGGUGGGGCCACGCAAGACGAUCAACUUGUUCAACUUGCUCUACUCGGCGUAGCUCUCAUGACCACAGGCGGUGUCAGCGACGCGGCUGCUGUUGUCGAGUUAUCUAGAGCUGUUGACACUCUGGUACGGCUGUUGAGCUCAAAGAGUCCGAGUAUGCUCUUAAAGAAUGCGAUUGUGGCGCGUGGUGGACCAACAGCGUUGCAAGCCAUGCUCAACGAAAACAUGAGCAGCGACAUACCUGCACUCCUCAAAGGAGCAACUCAGCCACAACGACCAGCGUCAUCGACCACGAGGAUACGUGAAUACGCUCCAAAAGCCAUAAAGGCGCUUGGAUUCGCCCCCAUCAUGCCUCAAGGUCCACCGCAGUGA